CCUUGUGUCCUUUGAACUUAUGCCAUUCACUUGCCGUCACCUUCCAGCAGUAGCUCUCUCAGCAGCCCUUCAUCAUCAGCAUCCUCCCAAACAGAAACAUGUGCUCUUAGAAAGUGCUCCUGUUUUUGAAUUUUCUAUUUUGGUGACUGGCAACUCCUUCACGUAAGUCGUAAACUUUGCCGCUAUUCUUAGCUGCCCUUACCGAACCGGUCAGCCACUUGCAAGUAGAGCAAAUCCCGUUACCUCGAGUUAGAACCAGGGCUCUAAAAGCCACCGCUUCUCAUCAUCCUCCCUGCCGCUGCCUUCAUCUAUGUAUUGACUCCUGCCCCAGUCGUUUCCCGGGUACAGUCCGUGCACCAGGCCCUGUUCCAGGCAGUCAGAAUCCAGCAGCGAACAGAACAGACAAAAGAUUUGCCUGGAAAGAACUUACUUUCUAGCAGUAAGGGAGACACAGGAUUGAAGCCCUCGUGAAGGACAUGCAGGACCCAGAGACGGGGGUCCGAGUGCAGAACCAGAAGAUUUCCGUCGCCAGCAUCCCUCACGCCAUGACGGGAAGCGAUGUCCUGCAGUGGAUCACCCAGCGGCUCUGGAUCUCCAAUCUGGAGGCCCAGAACUUGGGCAACUUCAUUGUCAAGUACGGCUACAUGUACCCCCUGCAGGAUCCCAAGAAUCUCGUUCUCAAGUCUGACAGCAGCCUCUACCGAUUUCAAACGCCGUAUUUCUGGCCCACCCAGCAGUGGCCGGCGGAAGACAUAGACUACGCCAUCUACCUGGCCAAGCGAAACAUCAAGAAGAAAGGGAUUUUAGAAGAAUAUGAGAAGGAAAACUACAAUUUCCUGAACAAAAAAAUUAACUACAAGUGGGACUUUGUGGUUAUGCAGGCCAAAGAGCAGUACAGGGCUGGAAAGGAGAGGAACAAAGCCGACAGGUAUGCGCUGGACUGCCAGGAGAAGGCGUAUUGGCUGGUCCACCGAUGCCCGCCAGGAAUGAACAACGUGCUGGACUAUGGCCUGGACCGAGUGACCAAUCCGAAUGAAGUUCAGGUAAACCAGAAACAAACAGUCGUUUCUGUCAGAAAAGAGAUCAUGUAUUAUCGACAGGCCCUCAUGAGGUCCACGGUGAAGUCCUCCGUGUCCCUUGGAGGGAUCGUCAGGUACAGCGAGCAGUUUUCAUCCAAUGACGCCAUCAUGUCAGGCUGCCUGCCCAGCAAUCCUUGGAUAACAGAUGACACCCAGUUCUGGGAUUUAAACGCCAAAUUGGUGGAAAUCCCAACCAAGAUGCGUGUGGAACGAUGGGCCAUCAACUUCAGUGAGCUGAUCCGAGACCCCAAGGGGCGUCAGAGCUUCCAGUACUUUCUCAAGAAAGAAUUCAGCGGGGAGAAUCUGGGAUUCUGGGAAGCCUGUGAGGACCUGAAGUACGGAGAUCAGUCCAAGGUCAAGGAGAAAGCGGAGGAGAUUUACAAGCUGUUCCUGGCCCCAGGGGCAAGACGGUGGAUAAACAUAGACGGCAAAACCAUGGACAUCACGGUCAAGGGGCUGAAGCACCCCCACCGCUACGUGCUGGAUGCCGCACAAACCCACAUUUACAUGCUCAUGAAGAAGGACUCUUAUGCUCGCUAUUUAAAAUCCCCAAUCUAUAAGGAAAUGCUGGCCAAAGCCAUCGAACCUCAGGAAACCACCAAGAAAAGCUCGAGCCUCCUGUUUAUGCGACGUCACCUGCGCUCCAGCCCGAGCCCCGUCAUCCUCAGGCAGCUGGAAGAGGAAGCCAAGGCUCGAGAGGCAGCCAACACCGUGGACAUUACCCAGCUGGGCCAGCUCAUGGCCCCCAGCCCCCACCUGGCCGUCUACACUGGGACCUGCGUGCCCCCCUCUCCUUCCAGCCCCUUCUCCCCGCACUGCCGCUCCCCCCGCAGGCCCUUCCCCUCGCCCUGCCGCUUCAUCCGGAGGCCCAGCAGCGCCGUCUGCCCCUCGCCCAUCAGAGUGGCCUUGGAGAGCUCCUCGGGCUCAGAGCAGAAGGGGGAGGCCAGCGGGGCCGGAGCCUGCCGCGGGCCCUCGGAUGCUGAGACCAGCGAGGCCUCCGUGGACCAGCCCCGGCCCGGAGCCCCUCCCAAGGCCCGCGUGGCUCUGUCCCUUGGCCGGUUUCUGAGGCGGGGCUGUUUAGCCUCGCCCGUCUUUGCCAGGCUCUCACCCAAGUGCCCCCCUGUGGCCCACGGGAAGGUGCAGCCUCUGGGGGACGUGGGCCAGCAGCUGCCACGACUGAAAUCCAGGAGGGUGACAAACUUUUUCCAGAUCAAGAUGGAUGUGCCGACGGGAAGCGGGACCUGCCUGAUGGACUCGGAGGACACUGGGACAGCAGAUCAGGAUGGCCAGGCCAUAGAGAAGGAGGUCAUCUGCCCCUGGGAGAGCCUGGCCACGGGGAAAGCUGGCUGAGCGCGGCGCCUCGGACCGGGAAGACGCGCCCACAGACUCGGCUGGAUGGGGCCACGGGACACGCUUGCUCUGGAACCAAAGUGCAUUAGAUCAUGUGUGGGGAUUGGAGAAACAGAUGGGAUGGAGUCCGAAGAAGAGCAUGCUGGCCGGGCUCCCGGCGGCCAACGCCUUCCCCUUCCCCUGACUUUUCCUCCCUUGGUCAGAAGACAGGCAUGUGGACCAGAGGCCUCUAUUGCUGCCUUAAACACUGAUAAAAGGUUAACUUAUAAAAGUGUUUGGGGGCUGGAA